CCACGACCGUCCGGCUCCAUCCUUGCCUGCUGUGCUUUCUUUCUUACUCUGUGGGUUGGGCUUUUAGGUUGUGGUUUUUCUUUUCUUUUUCUCCCAUCGACAUCCUGGUUUACGAACAAGAAGCAAGCACGCGACCCUGCCUCAAGUCACUUCCGAACGCGGGAGGCACCGCAAACGACCGACCCGGCGGUAGCAGCGAGACCUGAACGACGAAGAGCUCGCAAGAGCACAGACACACACCAUGUCGUCCUCACCGUUCCAGUACAAUGGUACCAUCCCCACGGGCGGGGAUUCCCUCACAGAGGACCUCAACCAGUGGUACGCGAAGGGUGACCUCGCAUGGAUGAUGACCUCGUCGGCCCUCGUGCUCCUGAUGAUUCCCGGCGUUGGCUUCUUCUACUCAGGACUCGCCCGCCGCAAGUCCGCCCUGUCCUUGAUAUGGCUGUCUCUCAUGUCCAUCGGCGUAGCCUCUUUUCAAUGGUUUUUCUGGGGAUAUAGUCUAUGCUUUUCCCAUACCGCUGAAGGGCCUUUCCUUGGUGACCUUUCCAACAUUGGUCUCAAGGACGUCCUUGGCGCAGCAAGUGUGGGCAGCACUGGUCUGCCCGACCUGAUGUUCUGCCUUUAUCAGGGCAUGUUUGCCGCCAUCACUCCGGCCCUCGCGAUUGGUGCUGCUGCUGACCGCGGCCGCAUGCUGCCUGCCAUGGUCUUCGUCUUCGUCUGGGCUACGAUCGUCUAUGACCCUAUCUGCUACUGGACCUGGGCGCCACACGGCUGGUCACUGAAGAUGGGAGGCCUGGAUUAUGCCGGUGGCACGCCCGUACACAUCAGCUCUGGGGCAGCGGCCCUGGCGUACUCGCUCAUGCUCGGAAAACGCCGGGGCUACUCCAACACGGCCGGCCUGCCCUUCCGCCCUCACAAUGUCACUCACGUGGUCCUAGGUACUGUGUUCCUCUGGGUCGGCUGGUUCGGGUUCAACGGCGGCUCAGCGCUGGGGGCCAACCUGCGCGCCGUCAUGUCGCUGCUCGUCACCAACAUCGCCGCCGGCGUUGGCGGUAUUACCUGGUGCCUGCUCGACUACCGCCUUGAGCGCAAGUGGAGCACCAUCGGCUUCUGCUCCGGUGUCAUCGCCGGCCUCGUUGCCAUCACCCCCGCUGCUGGCUACGUGCCUGCCUGGUCUGCCAUCAUCUUCGGUGUUGUUGGUGGCGCUGCCUGCAACUUUGCCACUAAGAUCAAGUUCCUGAUCGGUAUUGACGAUGCCCUCGAUAUCUUCGCCGAGCACUGCGUCGGCGGUAUCGUGGGCAACCUGCUCACCGGAAUCUUUGCCGCCAACUACAUCGCCCGUCUUGAUGGCGUCCUCGAGAUCCCCGGUGGCUGGCUCAACGGCAACUACAUCCAGCUCGCCUACCAGCUGGCCGACUGCGUUACCGGCUUCUCUUACGCCUUCGUGAUGACCUGCCUCAUCCUAUUCAUCAUGAACCUCAUCCCCGGCCUGUCCCUCCGCGUCACCGCCGAAGAGGAGGAAGAGGGACUGGACGCGAACCAGUGCGGCGAGUUUGCUUUUGACUACAUAGAGAUCACCCGCAACGUCGGAGAUCUGGUUCACACCGCGGAGCACCCCGUCAGCAGCCAGGGUAGUGUGAAAGGUCCUACCCCGGUCGUCAAGUCUGAGCAAUGAGCAGCCUUGAUCGUUUGGGGCCUUUUUAGUUCUUGCCUUUACUAGACGAAGCCGGACUGUACAGGAUAUGUGGUAGUAAUCGAAACUAUUUUGCCUA